AUGAGAGCUUGUAUUUUGAUGAACAACAUACAACAACUUCGGGUCCAAUUGGAGAAGAUGUUCGAUUCGAUGGGCGGCGAUAAGUUGGAGGAGGACGCCGCCAACAUCCUGAAGGAGCUGCAGCAGAAUCUGAAUACUGCCUUGGAUGAUCUUGCAACGCUGUUUGCUAAGAGCUUGGAGCCUCGAAUCACGGGUAGUGUUCGCGAGCUGGGUGACCUGCUGCAGCAGGUCAAACAGCAGACUUCCCUGUUCCACGCACCGCCCACGGACGAUGCCAACAUGAUUGCGAUGGAAGCGGACGAAGUUCUGCGACCGCUGAUGGAUCUGCUCGACGGCUCCCUCUCGAUGUACGCCCAGUCCUGCGAGAAGACUGUCCUGAAGCGACUGCUGAAGGAGCUCUGGAAGAUAGUCAUCCGGACGUUGGAGAAGACCAUCGUGCUACCACCGAUGACCGACAGAACGAUGGUCUUCAAACACCUCACCAAUAACGCCAAGAACCUGGCAGCCAACGCGAAGAUCGAGGACAUGUCUCGGCUUAUCAAAAACCACAUGGGUGGCAAGCAGGAUGCGAAGAGUGUGCUCAGCGGUGUCAUGGAUAUCUCCAAAGAGAUCGAGAAGAAUCUGUCGCCGAAGCAGUGCGCCGUGCUGGAGGUCGCGCUGGACACCAUCCAGCAGUACUUCCACGCCGGCGGUAACGGACUGAAGAAGCCUUUCCUGGAAAAAUCUUCCGAGCUGCAGAGUUUAAAGUACGCACUGAGCUUGUACACCCAGACGACGGAUACGCUGAUCAAGUCCUUCGUCUCCGGUCAGGGCGCUUCGGAGGGUAAGUUCUCGUGCACACGAAUGUCACAAACCAACCUAACUCUAAUCUUUGCAGAAAGAGGAAUCAGUCACGACGAUGCCUCGGUGGGUGAGGUGUCGAUCCAAAUCGAUGUCUCCUCCAAUCCGGAGAAUGGCGAACAGAAGAUUUCCGUCAAGGUAAUCGCCGCCAACUAUAACAACAGACUAUAGUCUGAUUUGUUUAUA